AUGUCAGGCCCGAACCUUCACAACGCUCUCCUCCGUCCGCCGAUCAUCCAAAUCCUCCGUGCUCAAGGCUUCCACUCAACACGUCCCUCAGUCUUGGAAUCUAUCCAAGAUUUGACUGGACGGUACCUGAUCAUUCUUGCCUCAUCCGCAGCCGAACAUGCCGCAAAUGCGCACCCGCAUGACCCAAUUCCGGACCUUGAAGACAUCUACCAAGCUCUGAUGGACGCCGGAGCCUUGCGACCACAAAUGCGCGAAUGGGAAGAGGAUUGGCAGGGAGAGGAAGACAUGCGUGGUAUUGAUGCUUUCCUCGGCUGGAUCACUGGCCCCACUCACCGUGAAAUUCGUCGUGUUGCCGGCUUUGUGCCCAGUGAGGGUGACAUGGUGGACCCCGACGCCGUCGAAAAGGAGGAUUACUUGACUGCAUUGAAGAAGAAACAUAGUAAGACUGGCGAGGAGUCUCGUUACGCUGGAACUGUCUUGGGAAAACAUGCCGAGGAACAUCCUGUGAUCAUUGAGGGUGGUGCUCCUAGCAUUCGAGACUGGGGUGCCCAGAUUCGUGCUCGAGUUUCAGAGGCGCCGGACAGUGACAGUUCAGGCGUGAGCAGCGCACCAAGUCAUCUCUCCGAGGACCAGGCUAUGGAGGCGUGA